AUGAAGAGAACGAGAAGGAGAAGGAGAAGAGAGCAGCACAAGGUCGGCAUUAAAUCUCUUCCAACCGACCUGUUGAUGGAAGUUCUGACAAAGGUUGCUUCAGCAUCAUUCACCGACCUCUUUAAUGCCAAGCUAAGUUGCAAGGAUUUCUAUGGAUUGACAGAGGAGGAUCAUAUUUUUCAACAAGUAUCGUUGAAGGAGCUUCCGCUAAUUUGGUGUACAAAAGACGAGGUUUUGUUCUUCUUAAAACGUUGCAAAGAGAGUGGAAACCCAGAUGCAUUAUUUAGAGAAGGCAUAUAUGGGUAUUUCAGUUCCAAGAAUCCGGAACCCGGGCUUGAGUUCUUGGAGAAAGCUUCUAAAAAGGGACACGUUGAAGCAUCGUAUAUAUAUAGUCUUAUUUUAAUUUGUUCUGGGGGUCGAUUAAAGCAACAGGGCUUGCAGCUUCUGUCUUCUUUAAUUAUUUGCGGGUUAAGAGGCUCAAGAAUAAAAGAAUGUCGAAGGAGAGUAAAAGACUAUGUUCAAAGCAUGUGGAUCAACAAUAAGAUAGCCAGAGAUCAAGAACCUUACUGCCAUAUAGAAACAUGUAGCAACUACGGAAGAACGCCAAAUUCUUUGACCGCAAGACGGGCUGGAUGGCAUUCCGGCGACUAUAUAGAAGACGAGGAUGGCAAGUUUAUGUGUUGUGCUUAUUGCCAAUGUGAUCAUGAAGUCAAUUUGUUUUGUAACAUGUUACAUGGAAAGUAG